GUUGCAGCAGCUUCGAUGGUUCCUGCCGCGUUGCCUGGAAUCUCAGGACUCCCGCACCUUUCUGGCCUGAGGCUCUUCACAUGCACGCCUUCCUACGGAUCCCGACUCCCUUGGGCCGAACAACUAAUCAUUCUCGUCCGGAAUAUCGACAGUAAAAAAUUAACUAGCCUCUCUUAUCUUUUCUUUUUCUACUCAAUCUGGAACUUCUUUUUUGAAUUGUUUGUACUUGUCUUAAUGUUGUUUUGGCGACCUGGUCCUGUACCUCACUGGCAAGUAGCACUGACUCUCCCCGCCCGCCAUGUCCGACCAGAAGAAGCGGGGCAGUGACGACAAGGUCGCAAACACUCACCGCAACGAGACCAGUUCCUCCCAAGGUAGCAAUGAACGCCCGGAAAGUCCUUCUCUAACUACUCGAAUCCAAAACUCAGCUUCUGGGCUCGCAAAGAAUGUUUUUUCUGCCCCUGGCUCGUCCGCAGAUUCCGCUCAACUGCUGGCGGGCAGCGGUAAGGCCGGGCACUCAUCGUCGCACUCGGCGCUAGCCGCAGCCCAGCAGUACACAGAUACUUCUACUGGUACUUCUGCCUCUUCCUCGACUGGGCAUUCUUCAAUACCAACCCCUGCGGAAACAUUUCGCUCAUCUUCUACUACGCAACAGGGAGGGUUCCAGCUUCCUCCACUCUCGGAAGAUGAAUUUCAGCGUACUUACGGCGCGGAAUCCCUUGUUGGAAACAAUGACAGCUUUAUUGCAGGUCUAAGCGCGGGCGAAACCACUACCAAGGGGAAAGGAAAAGGAAAAGCAAGAGUUAAUACAUCAACGGACCUGCUCUCCAGCGAUUCAACUAAUCCAAUCACACUCGAACAAAGAUUCCUACCCGACCGACCCUCUCUCCUCCCAUCCGACGGCGACGCAGUCGUAUCCCUCCUCUCAGACCAGACCUUCGAUCCCGAAUUCCCUCCCACAGCCGACGAGCCCACCGAGAUAGUCGAAACAGAGCUGCUACCAAUGCAACUCACGGCUGAAGACAAAGAAAUGAUCGAGUCGUUCCGUCGUCUUACACCCCCGACAUCGUCCGGCAAUAAUACAUUGACAUCCCGCAGUCUAGUCCCAGACAUUGGCGACUUUCUAGACACCCUCCCACCAGAAAGUCAUUCCGACGUAGCCACUCUGCGAGACACCGUGCUGACGGGUCUCCCCGGCGCAGCGGACUGGCUGACUGUCGAGGACCGAUACCACGACGAAGUCUGGGGCUACCUGCGCCCUACGCUAGAGGCUGCGGCCAAGGAACUGGAAUCCAAUAGGGAGUCCGGAAGCACGGAGGAGGGGCCUGCCGUGCGACGUCUGAAGAUGAUCUUGAGGCACAUGCAGCAAUGACCCGGAUUUGCCGAGGACGACUCCCGGCUUAUUCAUAUGUUGAUUGAUAUAUUGUAUUAUAAUGAUCGGAUUGGAUAAAUGAUCCCUGCCGCUAGGAUAUAUAUACAUAUACACACAUGUUCUAUUCGAUCUUCACUGAUCAUGAUAUACUAGUACUGGUAUCAUUACAGCUACUAUUAACUAAGUAGUUUAUGUGCUACUAUCAUUACUAAUGACUUACAAUAUC